AUUUUCUAACGGGAGGAACUGUAAGUUGAACGGCUAUUUUGGCUCAAAGUUAAGCUGUAAAUUAUGUCAUUUUCAUUACAUAUUAAGGAAGUAUUUACUUCAGCUUUUUGUAGUGAUCUUUCAGGUGUAAAUUCAAGAGAUAUUCGCAGAAAAAGGGAAAAUUAAGUAACUAUUUGAGUUGUCCGGAAAUGUAAAACUGCGGUAAAAAUGUGGAAGAACUGCAAACGGCCAUAGUCAAUCAAUUACCUACGGUAGGGGUGCUGCACCUGCCUGCGCCAACUGCAAUGCCUGACUGGCGAAUUGUCACAUCACUUGUUCGAGACAGUAUUUUUCUCAGAGACUGUAGUAGAUCAGAAAUUCUCUCUUGCUUCGUGUUCUGAGCUGAGGGGAGUAAGACUCUCACACUCACAGGGACAACACACCCGCCGAUCAUCAUCAUGGCAUCAACAAACGCCGGGUUGUCGUUGCUGGCUCGAGGGAUCGGGGAGGAACGAGUUCGCAGAGGACAUAAAAAGUUGGAAGUUUGUCUUGAACCUGAGGAUUACCACAACAUUGGGGGUCGUAAAUUCUACCUGCCACCGAUUCAACAGAAAGCAUGGCCACAAGAAGAACUAGUGUUUGAUUCUCCGCGAGAGCUUCACACUCACAAGACGUUCACGACAAGAAAAGGUGCCCUUCUACUUUAUUCAGAAGAUCUUGCGAUGACAGCAAAGGAGAAAGUUGAGAGCACCAAAGCGUUGGAAGCAGAAGACUCUAAUUCUCUUAAUACGUUUAAUGAUUUGAGAAGUGCAAUUUUAUCUUAUGGGGCAAAGGAUUCCACAUCGGAACCGGUGUAUCUCGGUUUUGUUCACAACAAACACUCCCACAACUCGCCUCGAACCAUCCGUCCAGGCUUUUCAGCCAAGAGAUACCUAUCAAGCUGGUCAAGGAGCUGGGAUGAUUCAGUUCUGCUGGGAUUGAGAACCAAUGGUCACAUUCUGGACAAGAACCUCUUUCAAGAGAAUGCUCUGUCACCCAAGAUUUUAAGACGCAUCAACGAUGACCUGUCAAGCCUACCAGCUCCAUAUAGAGUCACUAGGAGCAUGCUGAUGGCACCUGGAAGUCCUAUCGUUUAUGAAUUCUACAGGAUUAGGCCAAGAAGUGCUGAUUCAGGGAGGCCCUCAGAAGAUGACUUUGACAACGAUAAAGACCGUACCCCUAUAGCAACUCUCAACGUCCCAGGCUCCAUCGCUGCCGUAGUACGAGACGAUCAAAACAAACCCCGUGCCGUCCCGUACUCAAGCCUAGCACGUGAUGAACAGCAGCAGGUGUUGCAAAGACUGCUACUGCAGAGCGCCAUGCAUGAGCAGUUGAUGAACGACGCGGAUAAAGGUGGCGUGGACAUUGGGAGUACCACCUCAAUGGCUGGUAGCCGGCCUGUAACAGUGGAGCAGUUACGAGAUCUGAAUAUGGUCCAUGCAGUCGCUGCCUUGGUAAACACAAACACAUCAGGGCUGAUGGAUGGACAACAAGCAUUUGAUGACAAGGGUUAUAAAGAUUUAUACAAACGGAAAUUUAAUCAGACGUUUGAGCCAUCACCACCAGCUGUCAGGAAAGGAAUAAACCGCAGUGGCCAUCGGUCAAAGAUCCCGACCAUUCCAACACUACCACCAAUUCUAUCUACAUCGCCCAUACCCCCACAAAUGGAGAAACAUACCCUCCGAGCCGAGACAAAACUCCCUCAGAUUACAAUGGAACCACCCACACCUCAGCAUCCUGUGCUUGGUUCUACACACAGCCGGAAGAGCUCAUCGUGGGGACAGGAUAGUGAAGAUAUGAGGGACUCAUGGCCCUCUGAUGAGACCAAUAUCUGGAAGGCAGACAUUGAUGAAGAUGAACUUCUUAAACAGCAGGAGGCGGAGCAAGAAGACUCGGAUGAAGAGGAGCUUCUUCAAUCGGAAACCAAAACCAAAUCAGCAAAGUCGUCAGAUUCAAACGUCCAUCGGAGGGUGCCAUCCAAGUCCGGGUCUAUCUUAAGUUCAGUCAGCGUCAGCUUGGAGGAUUUGACAGGACCCAUCAUCUCUGGUGGCAAGCAUCCCUCCGGCAGCGAGAAGAGUUACGGAGGAGGGUCUUCGAGCGAGCAUUCCCGUAGCAUCAAGGGUAGCCAUAUCCCCGGUAGCCUGCGUGAAUCCAUGCGCUCAUACAAAGGUAGCAAGAACAGUAACUCGGGAAGCAUUGUGCUAGGUCCAGAUGGUGAAGUCAUGUCAAUAGGGGGCGGUGUUGGUAGCAGUGCUGACGCUGGGUCAUCGGUGGCUGACGCUACAGAAAACUUGCAAGCAUCCAGCAUGGCCCACUCUACCCAUAUGGGGGAGUUGGAAAGUUUGGAUGAGCGUGAUGAGCUGGAAGAUGACGCCCUAUCAGAAGAUUCCGGUCACAUGUCCUCUGAAGAGGUCGAAGUUCACGACCCGACCCCACAGCCAGUCAUGAUACCCACAGCCCAGUUUGGGGCGGAUUUACCCGAGUCUAAGCCACCCAGCUUACCCAGUGUGCCUCUGUCAAGGAUGAACAAGUCACAGAAAUCAGUUGAGGAAUCCUUACCCUCGGGGAAAGAUGUUGAUUUAGGAAGAGGAGAUAUCGACGCUUCCAGAUCCUUCGCCAAUUUCAGUUAUGGGCCCGAAUCGGCCGCGGACGAUGCCCUUAGUCAAGAUGGGAUCGACGAUAACUUGAUAGAACAUGCAGGCAGUGAAGACGUCUUAUCAGAGGCUGAACCUGGUUGGCCUACAGAGUUUGGAGAACAAGAAGUUAAUGAUCUAGAGGUCAAUGAAGGUGAUAUGGAAGGUGAAGAUGGAACUGCAAGAUCCGCAGCACAGAGCAAAAAUGAUGAUGUCGCAUCCCAAAGAGCUCCCUCACAGCUGGAGGAGUUAGAGGACCAUGCGGCUACGGUAGCCGCUCUCGUCUUGGAGAGGCCAAAGUCUGGAAGGGAUCUCGCUGAAGAUGCAGAGUACGCUGCGGAACUAUGGAUGAAGAAACUCGGUGACCUCUUCAACCAAUCCGGUGACCCCGACCGGAUCCGGUCAGCCAUGGUCCGAAGACGUCGCAACUCGCUGGACGCAUCGUCCAUAGCGUCCUCAACUGAUUACGGCCAAUGGACGGGUCCAAGUAUGAAGAAGACCACUAAGACGAAGACCAAGAAGAGAACCUCGAGAAGACAAAGGAGGAUACAGUCGGCUGAAGCUGCUGUCAGCUACUUGAAGAAUCUGAUGAGAAGAGGUGGGGAUGAAAGUGGAGAUGCGGUCUCCGUUCGCUCCGGUAAGUCAGGCCCAUCAGUCAAAACUGCUGGGGCGCGUGGAGACAGCGCCCCCAGUGUCAAAUCAGACAAGUCUGGGACUGUGAAGAGUAACCCUAGUGCUAAGGGGGAUGCUGGAGGGGCGCUGGAGUUUGGUGUGAAGAAUUAUGGAGUUGCAGAUAAGGCAGAGCAGGAGAAGCAAGCACCUGUUGUCCGGCCUGCUGCUGACUCUGAAAAACCACAAGCUCAAAAUACGGAGGAUGAGGAGCUGGCUAAACUCCUAGCAGAGACAGGACUCCUUGAGAAAGACAAAGUUGCUGCAGCAGCGAAGAGUGUUAAGAGUGGCAAAAGCAAUAAGAGUAAUAAGUCCAACAAUGGCAGUAAAGAGGAGAACAAAAAGGAGUUUGUUGUCAAAAAACCACAAGAUGAUAAGGUGGAUCAUCUUUUGUAUAAACCAGUGCCGGAUACAAAAGCAGAUAAGGCAGAGGCAAAAGCUUCUAAAACCAAGAAGGCAAAGAAGACAUCCACCGGGAAGAAACCCGCCGCUCCCAAGAAGGGCAAGAAGAAACCCAAAGAUGGAGAAGUCAAAGAGGAAGUUAAAGCACCUCCCAAGGAGGAGCCUCCCCAGGCCGAGUCGACAACAACAAAACCUGAAGAAGAGAAAGAUGUGGACUUCCAUCUCAAGCAUGUGCAGCUUCCCCAGACGCCGGAGAUUGCUGAAGACUUUGACGAGGAGGAUGAGGAGCCAAUUGAAGAAGAGAAACCUGAGUCUCCGGAGUUCAUCAUCAUCCAUGAUGAGUUUUCGGAUUCUGGAGAAGAGGAGCCCGAUCCUAUACCGCCCUCUGUUGCUCAGACGGAUAUUACGGUGGACUCGGAGAUCAUGUCUGUUUACACUGAGGAUUCCUCAAGUCAAGGUCCAAGUAGCGUCUCACGAUCCCAGGCAAAGGCUGCAAAGCGUGCUGCCGAGGCCGAGAAACGCAAACAGGCCGUGGAGAGGAAACGGAAAGAGAGGGAAGACGCCAAGAGGAAGCAGCAAGAGGAGCUGGAGAGGCAGGAGAAGAUGAAGAGAGACUGGGAAGAGGAGAAAAGAAGGAAAGAAGAGGGUGUGAGGAUGAAGAGAGAACAGGAAAUCUUGGAGAGGCAGAAACGAGAGCAGGAAGCUGAGGAGAGGAAGAGACAACAAGCCCUCAACGCAGAGAGAGAGAAGAAGAGAAUGGAAGAGUAUAAGAGGAAGAUGGAGGAGGUUGCAAGGCACAAAAGAGAAGAGGAUGAACGAAGGAAAGAGGAGAACUUGAGGAAGCAAAAGGAAGAAGACGAAAAACGAAAAGCCGAAGAGGCCAUGUUGUCUGCCAUGCAUGAAGAAGAACGUCUUGAGUAUGAGCGCAAGAAACGAGAGGAGGAGCUCAUCAAGAUGCGUCUCGAAGAGGAGGAACGCCUCAAACGGGAAAUCCUGGCAAGGCUGGCCCAGGAAGAAGCGGAGAGGUUUGCUCUUGAGCUCGCAAGGAGACAAAAGGAGAUGGAGGCCAGGCUGAUGUUCAACAAGACGUUGCAUUCUGAGAAUAAUAUUCUGUCCCAUUCUCAAGAGAUGACCCCGGCCUUCACUUGGUCAUACUUUGAGCUCCUUGAGUACCUUGGAAUCGCCCUACCAGAACAUUUAAAGCAGCAGUAUAAAUCUGAUGCUGCUUCAGGCUUAUGAUGAAACAAGGUAAAACAAAUCCCUAGGAGAUUAUCCUUUGUAUAAUUGAAGAUCCUUGCUUUAAGCUCAAGUGACUUGAUGGAUCGUACGUGAUGAAAUAACAUCUGCAAAGAUGAUUUAUUUUCAUUAGAUUUAAGACAAGAUUUGUUGGUUUAUUUUCCAUAAUGAAAGAAGGGUUUAAUGGCUAUAGCCUAGCAGUCUGUUACUAUUUACUCUUUGAAGAAUCAGCACUUUAAUUGUAUUUGCAAAGGGUUUGAUGACCAGAGUUUGCACAGUGUGCUCUCAAGUCCAUUUCUGUCGGCAUCAAGUAGAUGACGCUUCUCCGCUAGAAAUAUCUAAGUAGUUUUUACAGGCACACACAGACUGUAUUUUCUUUCGGAACAUGAUAGAAUUUUAUCUGUCUGUAGCCGCGUUUGUCACGUACCCUGUGUGCAACUGCAACAAUGAAUACAAUUCUAAACAUAGGAUGUGACUCUUGUCCUUUUUCUGCCUUGGUUCGGCAACAUUUCCUUGCACGGUGGGAAUACAAGAUGGCCGCUCCAUGAUGGAUAUCCUUUAAUAAUGAAAAUAUUAGAGGUGUUUAAGACUUGAAGUCUGGCUUUAAAAAAAAAGUACACAAAAACAUCUCUGAAGAACUUGCUAAAAUUGUCCACAUGAUAAAAUUCGACCUUGGGUGGUCAUAAUAUCUUAUUGUGCAUUGACGUGCUUCUAAGACCUCUUAAAAGGAUGCGUUACUUGUUUGGAUUCACAAUGCAUUAAAUAUUGACUAAAAUUAAUGGACUGCUAUUUUGAGAUUUGAACUUUUCAUCUGAAAUUGUAAAGAAUGGAAUUUGUCAUCACCAUAUUUAGUAAUAAUAAUAUAAUAUAAUGUUGCAGUCUUAUAUAGGGCUCGUUUCUACCAAACAAGGUACUCAAGGCGCUGAGUAUAUACAAACUUUAAUACUUGUAAACAAUCGGUAUGGGUGGUAUUUCAAUCAAUGAAAUGAGUCUUCACUUCUGUCUUCAAGGUUAGUCGUAAAGGUCAUUGCUCUAAAAUAUUAAUAAUUAUUGCCGAUAAAUUUACCAUGAUGAAAACAAUUUUGAAAAAAGCUAUGAGACAUUCCCCUGGAUGGUUACUGAAAAAAAGGAAAAAAAAAAAAAAGAUUUAAAAUCUGGUCGGUUCGAUAUUUAACUAUGCAUGAACAUACAUUUUGAGAUAUUUUUACCCCAAAUUGUUUAAGAUCCUCAAAGUUUGCAGCUUUGGUUUGUUUCUUGUGACUUUAAACAGGGAUGAGAUAUUUUAGACUUCUUGUCUGAAUUCAGACUUUUUAAGUCGGCCUAGUGAAGAAAAUCAGCAGUAAUUUGUAACAGAAAUCCUGCUUUUUGAUCUACUUCUUCAGCGAUUUGGUAUACUGUUCCUAAAAGCUCUGUGAAAUCUUAAAGGGACACGUUGCCUUG